GCGCGUGCGCGGAAAUGGUCCCACCAUCUGGAUACGUUUCCCAACAGCGUUACUGUACGCGCGACGAAAAUCCAUAUUAAAAUGGAGGAAAAGAGUCAGACCGCGGAUCGUGAAACCAAGAAGGAUGAGGCCCACGAAAAGGACGUGCGGAACAAGAGCUCCAAGAAGAGGGAAGCUCGGAAAAAAAAGAAAGAGGCGGCGCAUGCAGCUAGUGAAAAUCAUAACAAUAAUACGGAGGAGAAAGAGAUGUCUAGUGCAUGCAACAUCUCUAUAAAGGAUAUCCAGAUGGCAAUGGAAGUAUUCAAUAUGCAACAAAAACCUGCCAAAACUCAGGAGGAAGCAAUGCAAAAGCCUUAUCAAUUUUGGAGUACCCAACCUGUACCAAAAAUGGAUGAAAAAAUUGUACGCAACGAGCCAAUUGAGCCUGAUAAGACAUCUAUUAGGGCAGAACCAUAUUCGCUACCUGCUGAUUUUCAAUGGGACACUUUAAAUCUGGAUGAUCCUUUGGUUCUAUCGGAACUGUACACGUUACUCUCGGAGAAUUAUGUCGAAGACGACGACGCAAUGUUCAGAUUUGAUUAUCCUCCCAAUUUUUUGAAAUGGGCAUUGCAACCUCCUGGCUGGUGUAAGGAAUGGCAUUGCGGUGUACGAGUGAGCAAGAGUGGACGUCUAGUCGGUUUCAUUUCCGCUAUCCCAGCCAGUUUACGUGUCUAUAAUCAUACACAGAAGAUGGUGGAAAUCAAUUUUUUGUGCGUGCACAAGAAGCUAAGAUCAAAGAGAGUAGCACCUGUAUUGAUACGUGAAAUUACGAGGAGAGUAAAUCUGAAAGGCAUCUUUCAGGCUGUGUAUACUGCCGGAGUCGUUUUACCAAAACCUAUCGCUACAUGCAGGUACUGGCACCGAUCGUUAAAUCCAAAGAAGUUAAUCGACAUUAAGUUCUCUCAUCUUACUCGCAACAUGACGAUGCAGAGGACUUUAAAGCUAUAUAAACUGCCAGAGAGUACAAAAGUACCGGGUUUCAGAAAGUUGGUUUACACGGAUAUUCCACAAGCGCAUAAGAUAUUAACAGAGUAUCUGGAGAAGUUUGAUCUUGCUCCGAUAUUCUCGGUUGAAGAAUUUGAACACUGGUUUUUACCGCAAACCGGCAUUAUUAACAGCUUUGUUGUGGAGAAGGAGGGGAAAAUUACCGAUAUGGUAAGUUAUUAUACAUUGCCGAGCUCCAUUAUGCAUCAUCAGACACAUAAGACCCUCAAGGCCGCGUAUAGUUUCUACAAUGUGUCUACUACAACGCCGUGGCUCGAACUAAUGAUGGAUGCCUUAAUAUCAGCACGUGACUUGGGUUUUGACGUGUUUAAUGCGCUGGAUCUCAUGGACAACAAGGAGUUUCUAGAACCUCUUAAAUUUGGGAUUGGCGAUGGCAAUCUUCAAUAUUAUUUAUAUAAUUGGCGUUGUCCCAGUAUGACACCCGGCAAGAUCGGUCUUGUGCUCCAGUAGAUUUUUUCAGAAAAUCGCUGUUUAGAAAAAGAAAAAAAGAGGACACCUUUUGCACGUGUAAUCUCGCGAGAGAUUGAGAAAUAGCAAUUAAGUAUAUGGGCGAACAAGGGACAUACAGCAACGCGGUAAAGAUGGCGUUGUUGGACGGGGAUAAGGGCAACCUUAAUCUUUCUUACCAAUAGGAACAUGUAAAUGUAUUUGCGACGGUCGAAAGGAAUCUGAGUUUUCUUGUAGGAUCGGCGAUCAAAUGGAUAACUCAAUCCCGAAAAAUCGUUCUUGUUUUCGUCAUUUCAUUGACGCGUCUCCAAAGAUUCUAGAUUGGAUUAUACACGAUCGGGACUACUAUGAAAAUUGUGUACUGUACAACACACGUGUAUAUACGUAUCUGCGCAAUUUGAGCAAAUGUAGAUAAGUAUCAUGCAAUUAAUAGCAAUUAUACGGGAAGCCAUCCUGUAAUCAUCUGAAAAUUUUCGAUUUUUAAUCAUGUAAGCCUUUAGAUGCCAGAUAACUAUUUGUUUUUCCUUUACACCUUCUUGGCUAAUUAGGCGACAUGCCGAAGUGUGAGUGACAGGCGAGUUAAAAAUAAAUGCCAUUUAUUGAAAGUAA